AAGCCUUUCUUGCUUUAGUUUGAUGUUUUUUUCCCCCCGCAGUUCUUAGCUCGGAAGGUUUCCCUCGUCCCGUGACUCAUGGCACUCACCGCGAAGAUCGGGCAGCCGCGUCCCAAGCUUUCGAGGCCUCAUACCUCGGAGCUUCAGCAGCGGAAUGCCUGGCUGACGAAAUCCAUUCCGGAGCACUCGCGGGCAUUGAGUGCGACCCUGGACGGGCCACACCCGCUGCGCAUGGCGCGUGCGGCCUCCACGCAUUUCAUCGAAGGAAGGAAGACCGAAACAACUCCAGACCCUCGGUGGUUCAAGUCCGCGGCCACGAGUUUCGCCAAGUAUGGGAUUUACCCGGGACAAGGCUUGAAGGGCAUGUACAUGCGCGACCCCCACACCGGGGUUUGGUUUAAAGAUACACCCGAGCGUUUGUGGAACAAGGAGAAGGAAGUGCCAAAGCCCAGCUCCGUCGCCAAGAGCAGCCAGAACUUCGUGCCCCUGUACGCUCUCCAUGUCCACCUGCAUGGCAAGCCCUAGUGAGAGUGAGAAACAGGGGAGCUCUAGCUGCGAGAGUGAGGAACAUCAGGGACUGCCAAGGUAGCCGCUUGAGUGGUCCACCCUUGGGGGAGCUCAUUGGAUUCAGGGCCGCUGUAUUGUUGUUAAUUUGUGCCCCUUGAAGGUACCACCAUUGUGCCCGGUGAAUCAAUUUGUGCCUGCAAACACUUCGAAUGGAGUCGAUGUAGAUGGCACAGCCAAAGAGGACGUGUUGCUUGAGGGCUUUGUAUGGGCGCUUCGCCCUUUAAGAUCAUUGGCCAGAACUGUUUUUCACCUCACAGUCCUGGAAUGUUGGGGAUGCGCCCCUGUCAAGCUUGUGAUGCAACCAGCGGCAUUAUGCUGGCACCAAAGGUGCCAAAUUAACAUGAGGUGGUGCAGUCUGGAAGACCCGCAAGCUGCAGUAAGCAGUGGAAAGCCGGACAGUGUAGCGGUUG